AUGCGAGAAUUCAAGUACCUGAAAGGAUUACGUAUAGCUCAUUCGUUUACAGAAGACAACUCUUCUUUUGAUAUCUCCUUGCUCAUCGGAGCUGAUUUCUAUUGGGAUUUCGUAGAGGAUACAACAUUAAGAGGAAAUGGUCCAACCGCCGUAAGGUCAAAACUUGGUUAUGUGUUGUCUGGUCCAAUUACGACGUCUUAUCGUCAACAGAGAAAUGUUGGUAUGAACAACAUAUUGACAUCGCACAAACCAGAGGAGUUGAAUUUAGAAAGAUUUGGGGAAUUAGAGUCGUUAGGAGUAGAUAGCAAUACGACAGAUGUUGAAACGGUAGACUAUAUGGAAACAAAUCAAAUGUCAGCAAAUGAAUUCCGAGAAAACAAGUAUGUGUUAACCUGUAUGGACUAUACAUUAAAAUGGCCAGAAGCUUUCCAUAUAUACUCAAAAUCUACAACUGAAGUUGGAAGCAAGUUAUAUAGUUCAAUAUGCAGAAAAUUCUGCCAUCAUUCAACCAAAUUCACAUCAUUUCAAGUAAUGUAUUUACGACAGGCGGUACUGCCUAAUGAAACAUUAGAUGAUUAUGUGAAAAAUGUAAGGGAUGAAGCUGUAGAUAAUAGUGCUAAGAAUAUUAUAUUAAAUCUGGAAGUUGUUCGUCAAGAGGUCGGUGAAAAAUUUAAACAAAAUGUAAAAAAAAACUCAAAAAGACAGAAGGAGGAUGAGGAGGAUGUGGUUUGUGAAGAUGCCGGAGGGGAUGAUAAAGAUGACAGUGUGUUUCUGACCCAGAACACAUUCAUGGAGGAAAAUGAUGAAACAACAGAUGACAAUACAGUUGCAAAUGAAGAUCAAAAGGAAUGGAUGAUGUCACUUUGGACAGCUGCUCUUGAAGACCGGUCAACACCAAUUCGAAAACGUCGUGAAAUACGCACACUAACUGAAAAGGAGCGUGAGACCUUUUUUAGUGCACUUAAUAAAUUGAAAAAUGACACGACAGUUAAACCAAAUAAAUUUGACACCUUAGCGUUGGUUCACAGUAAUCGUACGUUAUGCGCAGCCCAUCGUGGUUCCAAUUUCCUCGGAUGGCAUCGAAUCUACCUUCUGCUGUUUGAGACCGCCAUUCGACAACAAGAUAACUCUGUAACAUUACCUUAUUGGGAUUCUGUACUCGAUAAUCAAAAUAUUACUGACUCAAGGGACACUGUUAUUUUCACCGAUAAAUUUCUAGGAAACGGCGAUGGAAUUGUUGAUUCCGGUCCUUUUAAACAUUGGAUAGAUAUUAAUAAUUGUCCAUUACAACGUAAAGUAAGUCGAAUUGACCAUACCGAAUUGCCAUCUCCUGAUAUAAUCAAUAGGAUUGAAAACGAUGACAAAGUACGCAAUGUUGCAGAUGUUAUAGAUCAUUUAGGGAAAGCGGAACAAUUACUAACAAUAGAAGGUCAACAUAACCUUCCCCACGAAUGGGUCGGAGGGACAAUGGACAUUCUAAACAGUUCAGCUAGAGACCCGACAUUCAUUUUACACCAUGCUUUUAUAGACUACGUGUGGGAAAAAUUUAGGCAAAAGCAAAUGCGACUUGGAGAGAACCCGGAAUAUUAUCCAUCUUUGGGGAAAACCUCUGAAACUGACAAGUACAACUUGACAGCCUUCCACAAUGCCACCAACGUAAUGGCUUGUUUUCCUUGGAUGGAGAACCAGGCUGGAUAUCGGAAUGGCUAUGUUGGAAUCUUGUAUGAAUAUGAAGAUUCGCCAAAAUGUCCAGACUGCGGCUAUUCUAAAUAUAUCACCUGCAGUGCCAAACUUAACAGAUGCAUUGGUAUUGUUCAGUCGGAAUCUGAAGCGGAACAUAGUUCACCUGGGAUUAUCAUAGUAAUCAUAAUCGCCUUAGCAUUCCCAAUCAUUGGUCUCUUAUAUUUUGUGGUUAAGAAAAUUCGUUCCCGAAGUAGCUACACAAGAGUCUAAUAUGUUA